GUAUUGCUAGCUGAAUAUAAAACUUUAAUGUUGUGUUCGAUUGCAACAGUCUGAAAUUCAUGUUGGUGGAAGUUAAAACGGAAUAAUAUUUCGGGACGCUGGAUAUUUUUAUUGAAUAUAAAAUUAAACCUAUCAGAUAUUAAUAUAUUUACGGCACUCUAGAUAUUUAUAUUGAAUACAAAAUUAACGCCUUACAGAUAUAAUUAUAUGUACGUGGUCAAAUUAUUCUCAAAAUUCUGAUAUUAAUCGAUUGAAAAAGCUCCUGCUUAGAACUUCUAUGUAUAUGCAUAAUUAAUUGCAAACAAAAUCAGUUGCAAUGAAUGAAUGCAAAUAUUUAAUUUUGUUUAUUUUUGCUGUGCAACUCUUAAGCUAUGGUGAAUCCUUUGGCUCAUUUUUGGACAACCGCAUAAAGUAUUUUACGUUUGAUGCCAUGGACCAACAAAUACAAGAUAAUAAUCCAAGUCCAGAAUCUAGGCAAUUGAUUCAAGGGACAGUUCCUUCUGCAGUCACAACAUGUAUUUGCGUCCCACCAGGAUCUUGUCUUGCUCCCACGAAUCCGACAGUAAACCCUGAUGGAAGUGGUCAAAUUGAUAUUCGUAUUGUCAAUAAUAUGGAUCUUCAAGUAAGACAACCACAGCAAACAACUGCACCUACGUUUACAUGUAACUAUGGCCUAGUGCAGUGCUGUCAGCCUGGAUCUUAUAUGUGCGGAAAAAGAUAUCCCCCACCCCCUGGCAGCAUGGCAAACGCACCUGGACAGGCAGCAUUUGGAGCAUAUCCAUGGCAAGCAGCAUUACUUACAACUGGAGAUGUUUAUUUAGGUUCUGGGGCUCUCAUUGAUAGAAGGCAUAUUCUAACAGCAGCACACAAAGUACUUAAUCUUCCAACUUCUUCGUACAAAGUUCGCCUUGGUGAAUGGGAUGCAGCUUCGACAAGGGAAACAAUUCCAGCCGAAGACUUUACAAUUAGCAAUGUUUAUGUACAUCCGAAUUUCAACAAGGAUAAUCUUCAAAAUGAUAUUGCGAUUUUGAGAUUGAGCACUUUAAUAAAUUUAGGGCAAAAAUCAACAAUUGGGACCGUUUGCUUGCCGACUUCAACAUUUGUUGGGCAGCGAUGUUACGUAGCUGGUUGGGGAAAAAACGAUUUUGGCCCAACAGGCGUAUACCAAGCUAUUCAGCGUGAAGUUGACGUACCACUUGUUACAAAUGCGGCUUGCCAAGCUGCGUUACGAAAAACAAGGUUAGGAUCAGGUUUUAUUCUCAAUGACGAAAGUUUUAUUUGUGCGGGUGGAGAAAAUGGAAAAGACGCAUGCACGGGUGAUGGAGGGUCUCCAUUAGUGUGUCAAAACAAUGGUGUUUGGUAUGUUGUUGGAAUGGUGGCAUGGGGGAUCGGAUGUGCUACAGCGGGUAUUCCUGGUGUUUAUGUAAAUAUCGCAACGUAUUUGUCCUGGAUUCAAAGCACAAUACUAACACCCUAGUUGCGGUAUUGAAAAUAUGUUUCACAUCUUAUUAUUAUAUUACCUUUUAUUACAUUUAUAAAAAGUUUUGUGCAUCAACCUAACUUAGGAGUUUAUAUAUCAUAAUUUAAUUGUCUGUUCACAUAGUUUUCUCUUGCUUACAUAAUAUAUGAUGUGUAUUCUUAUUCUCUUCAAAUUCUUUAAGUAUUAUUAAAUUUAAUAAACAUAAAUAAACAAAAGCUGACUAAACCUUAUGUGCAAUAAACAAACAGUAAAGUCAAAUCAGUUCAAUUGGACAAUGUCAGUCUUUCAAAAUAGUGUUGAUGGUAAUUUUGAAAGAUACAAGACAUUAUUAAAAUUAAUUAAAAUACGAACUGAAGAUCUAUUAAAUUUUAUUUCAUUUUCA